CUCCAUAACACGCCCUUUCCAAAACCCUCGUACUCUCGCGCUCUGCAUCGACUCUCAUACAAAAAUCCACCUUCAGAUCUCCUUCUUUCUCUCCAGACGCAACAAAUCAAAGAUGGUGUCGGACGCUAGCAAGAGGAGAGGAGCACAGAAGAAGGCGGCGGCGGCUGCAAAAAGAGGCGGUAAAGCUGCUGCGGCCUCGUCCAAGGCCGUAGCUGCGGAGACUGCCGCGGAGAACGGCAGUGCGAGCGUCAACAAUUUGGCCAACGGAGUUGAGGAGCUCCAGAUAUCCGAUCGGACGUGUACGGGCGUUCUGUGUUCGCAUCCUCUGUCUAGAGAUAUUCGGAUAGAGUCUUUGUCCCUCACUUUCCAUGGACAUGAGCUUAUAGUUGAUUCUGAACUGGAGCUCAACUAUGGGAGGCGUUAUGGUUUUCUUGGGCUGAAUGGCUGCGGUAAAUCCACUCUUCUUACUGCCAUAGGAUGUCGGGAACUUCCCAUACCAGAGCAUAUGGAUAUUUUCCACCUUAGUCGUGAGAUUGAAGCAUCUGACAUGUCUUCACUUGAGGCUGUUAUAUGCUGUGAUGAAGAAAGGUUGAAAUUGGAGAAAGAAGCUGAAGCUUUGGCAGGACAGGACGAUGGGGGUGGAGAACAGCUUGAUCGUAUAUAUGAGCGUCUAGAAGCCUUGGAUGUAUCAACUGCUGAGAAGCGUGCUGCUGAGAUCUUAUAUGGUCUUGGUUUUAGUAAGAAGAUGCAAGAAAAGAAAACACGUGACUUUUCAGGUGGAUGGAGAAUGAGGAUUGCCCUUGCACGGGCCCUGUUUAUGAAUCCAACUAUACUGUUACUUGAUGAACCCACAAAUCACCUUGACUUGGAGGCUUGCGUGUGGUUAGAAGAAACAUUGAAGAAAUUUGAACGCAUCCUUGUGGUUGUUUCACACUCUCAAGAUUUUCUGAACGGUGUAUGCACAAACAUCAUUCACAUGCAGAAUAAGAAGUUGAAGAUCUAUACUGGUAAUUAUGACCAAUAUGUCCAAACCCGUGCAGACCUUGAAGAAAAUCAAAUGAAGCAAUACAAAUGGGAGCAGGAGCAGAUUGCUUCAAUGAAGGAGUACAUUGCUCGAUUCGGACAUGGUUCAGCCAAACUAGCUCGUCAAGCUCAGAGCAAAGAAAAAACAUUGGCCAAAAUGGAGCGAGGAGGUCUUACUGAGAAAGUUGCGAGGGACAAGGUCCUGGUUUUCCGAUUCCAUGAUGUCGGAAAACUUCCUCCACCUGUUUUGCAGUUUGUGGAAGUCACCUUUGGGUAUACACCUGAUAAUCUCAUCUACAAGAACAUUGAUUUUGGUGUUGACCUUGAUUCAAGGAUAGCACUAGUAGGUCCCAAUGGAGCGGGAAAGAGCACAUUGCUUAAGUUAAUGGUUGGGGAUUUAGGACCCCUAGAUGGCAUGGUUCGGCGGCAUAAUCACCUUAAGAUUGCACAGUUCCAUCAGCACUUGGCUGAGAAACUUGACAUGGAAAUGUCUGCCCUUCAGUACAUGAUCAAAGAGUAUCCUGGAAAUGAAGAGGAGAAGAUGAGGGGGGCAGUUGGGAAGUUUGGUCUCACUGGGAAAGCUCAGGUAAUGCCCAUGAAGAACCUGUCUGAUGGCCAACGUAGCCGGGUGGUUUUUGCAUGGUUAGCUUUUAGGCAGCCUCACCUAUUACUGUUGGACGAGCCAACCAACCAUCUGGAUAUUGAGACUAUUGACUCACUAGCAGAUGCCUUGAAUGAAUGGGAUGGUGGGAUGGUUCUUGUUAGCCAUGAUUUCAGGCUCAUAAACCAGGUCGCCCGCGAGAUAUGGGUCUGCGAAAACCAGGCUGUUACCAAGUGGGAGGGUGACAUUAUGGACUUUAAGCGACACUUGAAAAGCAAUGCAGGUCUAGGCGAUUGAAGCAAACCAUGCCAAGUCUCAAUUUUAAAGAGUGAGAACAUCAUCAAAAAGCGGUUUCUUUUAUAAGAUUUUGAUUAAAUCUUGGAAGAGGUGCCCCUAUCUCUGCACUCCGCUCUCCAGGUGAUUAGUUUAGUAUGCUUAAAUUUCUAUUUCAGUUUAUGAUACUCAUUCACCGGGGGAGAGCGUUAAACAUGGCAGAUGCCAGUUUCUGAGCUGUGUUAACAAUAGUGCUUCCCAUAGUAUUAUUAUCCGUGACUUCUGGAUUGUUACCUUGACCAAAACUAAAUCAAAAUACCAUGUUCUUAUGAAUUUUGCCCUUUAAUUUUGCAUU